AUGCCUGAAGAUAAUCGCAAAAAUGAAGUUACGCGAUUAAGCAUAAGGAGAGGUCAAUUAAAAUCAGCAUUGACAAAAUUUUUAAAGUUUGUACAAGACGAAAAGUCGGACCUAAUCGAAAUUCGGCUUAGAAGAGAAAAAAUUGAGGAAGCAUGGAGUGAGUACGACCAAGUACAGUUGGAAAUCGACAUGCUAGAAGGGAUAAACGUAGAGGAACAACAAAAUUAUAGAGCUGAUUUUGAAGACUCAUACUUUAAAGCCAGUACGAUUGCGGAGAAGAGGCUAUCUGAAUUGAGUAGGGUAGUCAGCAACGCGUCAGACGCUGUUGUAGGGAAUACGGCAGCAACAUCUUCAAUCGUAGCGACACCAACAGUAGCGGCGCCAGCUAUUAGAUUAGCCCCGCUAGAUAUCCCAUCAUUUCAUGGCGACUAUAAGCAAUGGACAACAUUUUAUGAUAUUUUUUCGGCAUUAAUUCAUACCAACGACCAAUUGUCAGACAUACAAAAAUUUUUUUAUUUGAAAGCGGCUUUAAAAGACGAUGCCAAACAGGCUGUUAAUUGUUUGGAAAUCACGGCGUCAAAUUACGCAGUGGCAUGGCGGACAUUAAUUGAAAGAUAUAACAAUAAAAAAAGUCUAAUACAAGCCCAUGUAAAAGCGUUAUUUCACUUAGAGACGUUAACUGUAGAAUCAGCAAUUAAACUUCGAGCGUUUACAGAUUCAAUAAAAGGACACAUGCAAGCAUUAAGAACCCUUGAUCAAGAGCCAGAGUCGUGGAGUCCUAUGUUAACGUAUUUAGUAACCACCAAGUUAGAUAGAAGUUGUCUUCGAGCGUGGGAAACGGAAUCGGCUCAGAACUCUCUUCCUACAAUUAUUGAAUUGGUGGAAUUUUUAGAAAAACGGUUUAAAAUUUUAGAAGCGAUCGAAUCAUCUAAAGCCAUAAAUCAGAGAAACGCAACAGCACCGGCUACUCAUAGUCAAGAUGUCAGAAAAUCUAUGGUACGGAGCAAUGCUUAUGCGGUGACAAAUUCGGACAAAAAAUGCUUUAAUUGUCACUCAAAUCACUCGGUGUAUCGAUGUCCUAGUCUUUUGGCCUUGUCCGUAGGUGAACGCAUUAAGCGCAUUAGUGAGCGCAAUUUAUGCAGGAAUUGUCUACAGGCAUACCCUAAGAAAAAAUGUUUGGCUCAAGGCUGUUUUAAGUGUGGCAAGCCACAAAAUACACUUUUACACUUAAGUGCACGGACCGAUCAGUCAGAGUUCAACUCAGCAACAAACGUAACGGAAAUUUUGGAAAAUAGCGAGUCAAAACAAGUAGUUCAAAAUGAAUUAGCAACCGUUAGUGCACAUACUAGCUUACCGGCUGCUACGUCGAUAUUAUUACCAACCGCAGUUGUUUUGGUCCAGAGUAAUCGUGGUGAAUGGGAGCAGUGUCGCGUGUUACUAGAUUCUGCAUCACAAAGUAAUUUUANGACAAAGUAA